UCUUCAAAGAAUCGAAAGGAAGGCCUAUAUAUACUCCCCAUGUUUCACCAUUCUUCUACACUUCCAUACGAAGAUGAAGAUCCCCACCAUUGAUUUCAGUGAGGUGAACGGAGACAACAGGGCCAGAGCCUUGUCUGUCCUACACGACGCUUGCCUCAAUUGGGGCUUCUUUAUGAUAGAGAAUCAUGGAAUUGAAGAAGCCGUGUUGGAGAAGGUGAAGCUAUUGGUGAACACACACUAUGAUGAGACAAUGAAAGACAAGUUUUAUGAUUCAGAAGUGGCCAAAAACUUGGGCAAAAUUCAAUUAUUUGAUGUGGAUUGGGAAUCCACGUUCUUCAUUUCCCAUAAACCAACCUCUAAUAUCUCUCGAUUUCCCAACAUCUCGGAUCAUCUUUGCAAAGCAAUGGAAGAAGAGUAUAUACCUCAGCUGGUAAUGAUAGCAGAGAAGCUUGCAGAGUUAAUGUGCGAGAAUCUUGGCCUGCAAAAGACAUAUAUUAAGCAGCUAUUCAAUGGAACCAAAGGGCCUUCCGUCGGAACUAAAGUAGCGAAAUACCCAGAAUGUCCUCGGCCGGAGCUGGUGAGAGGGCUCCGAGAGCACACCGACGCCGGCGGAAUCAUUCUCCUUCUGCAAGACGACAAAGUCCCGGGACUGGAGUUCCAGAAAGACGGCGAGUGGUUCAAAAUCCCGCCGUCCAAGAAUAACGCCAUUUUCGUCAACAUCGGCGACCAAAUCGAGGUUCUGACCAACGGCAAAUAUAAGAGCAUUUUGCACCGCGUUUUGGCGGAGAAGGAGGGGAGUCGGCUGUCGAUUGCUACGUUUUAUAAUCCGGCGACCGACGCCGUUAUUUCACCGGCGGCGGAGGCUCUGUAUCCUGGUGGCUAUAGGUUUGAGGAUUAUUUGAAAUUCUAUAACACUACGAAAUUUGGAGAUAAAGAGAAGAGGUUUGGAUCGAUGAAGAACAUGUGAGCGUCGAGUGCAGAGGACGCGGCGCUUUUGUUGACUUUUCGUUUUCAAGGAUUAUGUAUGCUAUGGUCUCAUUCUUGCUUCAUCCUUUCGUCUUUUGUUUCUUAAGCGAGAAAUAAGUAAUUUAAGUUUUGAAUCAUAAA